UACGUCGCUGUGCUGAUCACUGCUGUGGUGCAGGCAGGCAGGCAGGAAGGCAGGCAUAUAAAUCAGCUGCAGAGAGACCAGGGAGCGCUGACAACAACGGACAGGCUCAUGUUAGAGAAAGUCAGAAACGCAACAUUUGCCUGUUCGGUGAUUUGAUGUUUAGUUUUUUCCACUUGUAAGCUUUUUGCUGAUCGCGUUUUCUUUACUUUUACGCAUGCGUGUAAUUAUAUUUCACAUUCUGUCGACCUGAAAUGACUGAUAGUCGCCGUGUCUAGCCAAUGGUUACUGCGGGGGCUUCUGUCUUGUGGAUUAUCCGUCGUCGCCGAGCCAGUCGCAUGGUUGAGCCCGGAGGAGGCCCCGCUCUGCUGGAUGGAUGUGUGUGAAGCAGCGCCGGACUCCGAGUACUGAUGAAGACGGUGAUAGUGAUGAUGCUCGGGUUUCAUCGGCAGUGCGUGAACUGAUCUUGGAUGUUCGGGCUAUAUCGCCCAUACAAAAACCAUUUCCUCACACAACAAAAAUUAUAUUCCUUUAAAAACUGGACGCCCCUGGAGCAGUUUAUGACGACCCUGGUAGGAGCGUGAUGAGCGCGCGCUUCCGCUUGCCUGCUGGCAGAUCCUACAAUGUCCGGGCGACGGAGCUGGAGCGAGACAGGCAGCACACACAGGUUGUGUGCAACGUACUGCUGCUGGACAACACUGUCCAGGCAUUCAAAGUCAGCAAGUCGGACCAUGGCCAGGUGUUGCUGGAUGCUGUCUUUAAGCACCUGGAGCUGACUGAGAGAGACUACUUUGGCCUGCACUUGGCUGAUGACUCCUCCGAUGCACCACGCUGGCUCGAUCCCAACAAGCCCAUCAGGAAACAGUUAAAAAGAGGGUCUCCCCAUAACUUGAGCUUCAGAGUCAAAUUCUUUGUGACAGACCCCGGUAAACUUCAGGAAGAAUACACACGGUACCAAUAUUUUCUUCAGAUCAAGCAGGAUAUAUUAACUGGAAGAUUACCCUGUCCACACAACACAGCUGCACUGCUGGCUUCCUAUGCUGUUCAAUCUGAGUUGGGGGACUACAGUGAAACAGAGCAUAGUUCAGGCUAUCUGUCUGACUACUGCUUCAUCCCCAACCCUCCCCAAGACUUCCACAAAGAGGUCGCCAAACAUCACCAGCAGCACAGUGGUCUAUCUCCUGCCCAGUCAGAGUUUAAUUAUCUGAACACAGCACGCACGCUGGAGCUCUACGGGGUAGAGCUGCACUAUGCAAGGGACCAGAGUAACACAGAGAUUCUCAUCGGGGUGAUGUCUGCUGGCAUUGUGGUUUACAAGAACAGGGUACGGAUCAACUAUUUCCCAUGGUUGAAAAUAGUGAAAAUCUCCUUCAAGUGCAAACAGUUCUUCAUCCAGCUGAGAAGAGAGGCGACUGAGACUCGGGAGACGCUGCUGGGUUUCAACAUGGUCAACUAUCGGGCCUGUAAGAACCUGUGGAAGGCCUGUGUGGAGCACCACACCUUCUUCAGGCUGGAGCGGCCCAUCCCGCCACAGAAGAACUUCUUUGCUCACUACUUCACCCUGGGCUCGAAGUUCAGAUACUGCGGGCGAACAGAGGUGCAGUCUGUGCAGUAUGGAAAGGAGAAAGGCAUCAAGGACAGAGUGUUUGCCAGGUCUCCCAGCAAGCCACUGGCCAGAAAGUUGGUUGGUGGAACUGACUGGGAGUCGGUCAGCAGGAACAGCCUAUCAGAUGAGAGACUGGAAACCCAGAGCCUGCCCACUCGCUCACCGCCUGGGACGCCCAAUCAGAACUCGCUCUUUGUACAAGAGGGUACGCGACUACGGCCGUCGUCCGUCGGCCACCUGGUCGAUCACGUGAUCCACGCUUCACCCAGCCUGCCCGUCUUCUCCUCCAAUCACAAGUCAGCAUCGUCCACGCAGGCCAACAGCAUCAGCCUGGACUCUACACCGUCUCCAGAGGGGGUAGACGGCCAACCCCCAGCUCUGCCUCCCAAGCAGCUGAGCAGGAAGACCUUGAGCCAGAUCAUCCAGGCCCACUCUCAGCAGAGCCUCUUGGACAACCACCUCAGCGAGAUGUAUGAUGUCCCCGUCAAUGCUGACAAGACCACGCUGAAUGGAGUGGUCCCUCAUGAUAAUUUGGUCCUAAUCAAGAUGAGACCUGAUGAACACGGACGAUUCGGCUUCAAUGUGAAGGGUGGAGCUGACCAGAAGAUGCCUAUCAUUGUGUCUAGAGUAGCUCCAGGAACAUCAGCUGACCUGUGCGUGCCUCGCCUAAACGAGGGCGACCAGGUGGUCUUGAUUAAUGGGCGGGACAUCUCUGACCACACCCAUGACCAGGUGGUCAUGUUCAUCAAGGCCAGUUGUGAGAGCCACUCCGGGGAGCUCAUAUUAUUGGUCAGACCAAACGCCAUCUAUGACGUGGUGGAGGAGAAGGUGGACUCGGAGCCAGAUUUUCAGUACAUCCCUGAGAAGUCCCCUCAGGACCCUGCCCAGCUAGACCAGAAUGCUUUGAGGGACUCCAUGGCUACACUGAAGGAAGGCCUGAACAGUGGAGCUAUACUGGCACAGUUUGAUCAACUGUACAGGAAGAGGCCCGGGAUGACCAUGCUGUGUGCCAAAUUACCUCAGAACGUUUCCAAAAACCGCUACAGAGACAUCUCCCCUUAUGAUGCCACGCGAGUCAUUCUGAAAAGCACAGAUGAUUACAUCAAUGCAAAUUACAUCAAUAUGGAGAUGCCAGCCUCCAGUCUGAUAAACCGCUACAUAGCUUGCCAGGGCCCGCUGCCCAACACCUGCUCUGACUUCUGGCAAAUGACCUGGGAACAGGGCUCGUCCAUGGUUGUCAUGCUGACUACGCAGGUCGAGAGGGGGAGGGUGAAGUGUCACCAGUACUGGCCCAACCCAGACAGCACCACCACCUACGGAAACUUUACAGUUACAUGCCACAACGAAGAGGGCAACUCUGCCUUCCUGGUCCGAGAGAUGACUCUCACACACACGCCGAGUGAGCAGCAGAGAGAGCUGACUCAGAUUCAGUACCUGGCUUGGCCAGACCACGGCGUUCCUGAUGAUUCCACUGAUUUCCUGGACUUCGUGGCUCUGGUACGGACCAAACGGGCAGGACAGGAUCAGCCAAUGGUGGUGCACUGCAGUGCGGGAAUUGGUCGGACAGGGGUUCUGAUCACCAUGGAGACGGCACUGUGUCUAAUGGAGUGCGGCCAGCCAGUGUAUCCUCUAGAUAUCGUCAGGACCAUGAGAGACCAGAGGGCCAUGAUGAUACAAACACCUAGCCAGUACCGUUUUGUGUGUGAGGCCAUCCUGAAAGUUUACGAGGAAGGUCUGGUCAAACCACUCAAGACUGCUGUCUACCAGCAGAGAGAAAAGGCGAGCGACGAGAGGGAGGAGGAGAGGAACGAGCAGCAGAAAGCGGGAGAGGAGAAAGAGGAGACGGCGGCAACGGAGGAGGGCGAGGUGGCCGUGGUGGAGCUGCUGGAGGGAGGGCUGGACGAAGAGGAUGACGACGACGAGGAGGUGGAGGUGCUGGACGUCGGAGAAGUGACAGAAGAUGGGGAAGAGGAGGAGGAGGAAGAAGAGGAGGAGGAAGUGGAGGAGCCGAGCGUUGCGAGCGCUACCAGCGUGACGAGUGAGGCCAGCGCGAACCCUGACCCGGAUCCUGCUAACCUGUGACGUUUGACCUCUGGGGUCAUCAGGGGUUACCAGGAGGAGGCCAGGUGAUCGGAGGAGAGAACAAAAGCACUGUUGCACUUUAUGCUGACAAAAAUGGAAAAAAAAGACGGACAAACCAACAAACGUGAAAAUCAUGGACGAUAGAAUUAAAAAAAAGAAAUCCAGCUGUGUUGACUAGGUACCAUUAGGGAUUAUUGUAUGUUCAGGGUAAAGAAAAAACAAAUACAAAGAAUGACAUGAUAGAAGUAUGAGAGAAUAAAAUGUGGAUGGGGAAUUGCUGUAGUGCCAUAAGUACGAAGGGGAAGGGCUGCCCCCAUGGAUGGAAAGCUCCCCUCUGCCCCCUCCCUCACUUUUUCCCUUUUUUUUCCCCAAAGGGUCGCCCUGUCCCCUUCUGAGCGAGUCUGCCAGACAGACCUGCCUUUUUUUUUUUAGAGUCCUUUUAGCUGAUAAAGAGAUAUACCUUAUCUUCUGUUCCUCAGAGAGUAUUUAUUGUGUUUUAGUUUGUGUCAAACCCUGUCCACUGAACAAAAAAAUUGUAUGUUUUGUUUGUAUGAGUCUAGAGCUUCACGCUUUCCUGAUUAAAUCUUAGGUAGUAAAGUAGUGUGAUUCCUCUUCUUCUAACUACUUCUUUAUUUCUUUUUUGUGGGGAAAAAAACAGUGGUUUAAUUUAUUGUACUUGGUUUUAUCUUUCUCAGCUUUCUUGUCUAUGUUUCUGACAGCACAGACUGACAGAUGGACAGCUGAAAGCACUUUGUGUCUCACCUCUUGUUCAAUGCUGUGGCGAGUUGGGUACUUUUUUUAUCCUUCUUUGUGCUGUGUUUUUGAGCUUACAGACACACACGCUCUGAAGUGGCCGUCGUUUGGCUGCGGUGAGGAACAUAACUGGUUUACAGUCCUCAGGGCCUGUGUUUAUUGGGCACCUCCCUUUUCACUUCUGCACCAGUCACAGCAGCCGCUGUUGAUCUGUGACUGCACACUUUCCACUGAAAAGACAUGGUGUUUAAAAUUUUUAACUCUGAGGAAUGAUCGAUUAUUUGAAAUGAAUUGCGUGGCAUUAAUUCAACACGAGAAAAGAAAGACAGCAUCAUAAGGAGAGGCCCCAGUAGACACACGGUCUCACUGAGUUCAAAUCUAAGCUAUUUCCCAGCCGUCAUGGCUGAUAAAGCUAAGAAACAAGGCUGAGGUCAGUUCAUUUCUUUCUUCACAUUUAUGUUCAGUCAGCCCAGUGUUUCAAUCAAACUUGCAGCUGACAGAGUGGGCAGCAGAGUCCUCACUGAAGUGUCCUUGAGCCAGACACUGAUAGCUAAGCCCCACUAUGUGAAGAGCUAUGACUUCUCUCUGAUUGUCCCCACCCCACCCCCUACCCUGACCAGGAUGACUGUUUAGUGUAUGUCAACCCAAAUAUUUCUUUGCACUGGCUGUUACGCCAGAACCUGAGAAACAAAAGAGGUCAUAGGAUCAGACACCGUUAGGAUUAAUUAUCUCUAAAGUGGUUGCAAGCUGCUGGAAGUUUUACGCAAUCACAAAAAAAAAAAAGAAGAAAGCUUGCGUUUUGCGAGCGGAGAGUGGAUUGAUGUCAACCUUUUCUGUGAAUGGUAAAAACUUACAUCCAGAGUUUUGUCUUCUCCCUCGCUAAGUUCCAGUGGGGUCGAGAGGUCACCGAAGCGGAGCUUAAAACCAACCAUUUGCUGAUUAAUUGAAUCCGUAUCUGUCUGCGUGCCUGCCAGGGAACAGUUGACAGUUCAAAGAAGCAGCACAAACAGAACAUUCAAACCAGUACUUUUCCUUUUUUAUUGAUCUUUUUCCAGGCACAUGUUGUUUUUAAGAUAUGACAUGUUAUGAGUGAUAAGAGACUAAAUGAUGACUUGUAUUUUUAAUUCACAAAACCCAGCAUCAAGUUUCUUGUUGAGUCUUUUUUUUUUCUUGUCCAAAUACAGGUUAAAGCUGUCAGUGUGUCUUUCAUAGUGGUAUGGAAUGAAGUGUAGCCUCUUUAUCAUUUUCAGAUAUUUUUCUUAUCGGCUGCUUCAGUACCUGCUGUCAUUGGCUCCUACAAUGGACUCUGCUGGAAAAACCUACUGCUGUGUGUGUGAGUGUAUGUAUGAGUGCGUGUGUGUACUCAGAUUUGUCUUUAUCUAUCUCUCUCUGUACCUCUCCCUCUCUUCCUCUGCCAUUUAUGGAAUAUAGUUUGUUAGCUGUCUGGUCUAAGCCUGCUUGUUCGUUAACUGGAAUGAAAGGUUGUGCCAUAAAGCCAUAAACCUAAUCUAACCUGAUCUCAAGUUUUUGAGGAAAGAAAAAUGCAAAAAGAGCCUUCUCAGAGAGUCUGUUUUUUUUUUCUUUAAGUCAGGCUGAAUCUUUGCCUGUGAAACAACAAUUCAAACUGUUCUCAUACCUUCCUUUCAAACAGCUGAAUCAUACUUUAGCCUCAUGUAGAGGUGGGAAGAAGAGCCUAGAAACUGCUCUCCUCUUCGCUCUAUUUUUUAAAACCUCUCCCUCUCCUGAAAAACUGCUCCUCUCAGGCAACAUCAGUCAUUUCUGCAGAGCCCACGCAACAUCCACAGUCCAUUCUUCUCAUUGUUUUUCCCCCCAGAUGCCUCUCUUUUGGAUCAUUAUACAUGGAUCCCACUUUCUCUGCACAGCCUCAAGGCGAAUGACACAUCUGAGCAGAAUACCAUGGGUACCAUAAGCGCAGUAUCAAACAGCUUGUUUUCCAUAGAAGGACAAACAGAGGCUAGCCAAUGAAUGACUGGCUGAAUAACUGGUCAACUUUUUUUAAUGACUGAUACAAAUACAUUGCAGACCUUACAUGUAUGAGCUUACAAAAACAUUUUUUUUCAACCCCUGGCGGCUUCAGCCAUCAGUUCUUGUAUUCGGCAACAGGGCUAAUCAAAUCAAAAUAUCAACAAAGUCAGAAUCAAUCAACACUUAAAUGAAAGUUCAGAUAACGUUGACAAUUUCUAACAAGUAAACAAAACAUUGGCGCUGCAGUGAAACGUUAAUAAUUGAUCAAUCAGGGUUGCCAGAGGUUUCCAUCUGCACAAAAUGUCCAGCAAUGAGCUGUCUGUGUUCAAAGUGUUUCGUUGUUGACACAUAAUUGGUACUGUGUGUGCGUUUAGGGUACUGAUCAAAGGUAGUUUGGAGGGUACCAGACACGGGGAGGGCUGGGGUUAGUUGUAUUUUUGUAAAGAUGAAAACAGUUCUAGUUGGGUAGGGAAAGGACAGCACUUUGUAGAAGGCUUAGUGGCAGGUAGUGCUACUGAAAAAAAAAGUUGGAGACAUAAAGCAUUGUUAAAAUGAGUUGUUGAUGAGUUGAGUUUUUUUUUUAUUUAUCAUUAUUAUUUUGUUUCAAAAUAAAGACACAUGUAGGGAACAAGAAAAAGAAAAGAACUCCUAACUACACAGUGCCACUUGUUAAUUUUGUGUAAAUAAUACUAGACCAUGUAAAUACAAUGUUGUAUAUGAAAAAAAAUCUUUAAAAUAAAAGGGAAAAUCAUUUGUGAGCAGAAAGAUUUUGUUUUUAUUUUAUUUUUGAUUUUUUUUCCUUUGGAUGAUUCAAAUGUGACACAAAAAUGGUGUGUAUUUCAAGACUGCUAUUUCAAAAUUUUUUUGUUCUAUUUGAAACGUAAUCUAUAACAGCGAGUGUAUAUAUAAUGAAACACAAAAUAAUGAGAAAUGUUUUACCGUAUUAUUAUACCCUUGGUUAACUCCUACCUGUGUCAUAAAAACCUUUGUCCUCA